GGAAGCCAAAAACCCUUUCUCGAAAAGAUCAUCUGAGGGACAGACUAGCAGUCCAGAGAGCACAACAAUACAUCUCUCAAUCAAUCAUCACUCGUCACAAACUUGACGAAAAAAAAUCUCAGUCAUCGUUCCCAAUACUGAAGCCAAAAAUGUCCUGCCCCUGCUCCCGCUGCUACAACAACCCGUCCACUCCUCAUCACUCCGAACCAUCAUCGCCCCCUCCUUAUUCCCCGUCAUCACCGGGGACAACAUCAUCGGGAACAACAUCAACCACCAACAUGAAGAAAAGCAACGGAUUCCCAUGGUUUAAGAAGAGCACAUGCAGCGCAAAUCCCCCGCGAUACAGCGUGGAGAGCACGGCGUCCGAUUUGGUUGGGUUACUGGGUUGAGUGAUGGUCGGGAUGGUUGGAUCGUAGGAUGACAGAUCGGGAUACAGGG